AUGGCCCCCUCGACCAAGAAGGCCGCACCCAAGACCGCCGUCAAGUCCAAGGGCAAGGGCAAGCAGCAGGUCCCCCCUCCUGCCCCCGUCGUCAAGGAGGAGCCCACCCCCGAGGCCGACAGCGACGAGGAGAUGGACUCGGAGGACGAGGACGAGGACAACGGAGGCGUCAGCGAGAAGGGCAUGCAGAGGUUGAUGUCCCUCGUCAAGCCAGAGGACCUGGACGAGUUUGAGCGUGCCUCGCUGGGCAUGGCCGACAGCGACGAGGAGGAGGAGGACGAUGAGGAGGACGAUGAGGAGGAGGAGGAGGAGGAGACCGAGUCGCCUGUGGACAACGAGAUCAUCAUGGACGCCGCCGACGAGGACACUCUUGCCGUUGACGAGCUCGGCUCGGACGUGAGCCUCGACGAGGACGCCGUGCCCGCGCGCAAGGUGACCACCAACAACAAGCCUGCUAUGCGUGUCCUUACCGAGGGCAUCAAGAUGACCAACACCCCCUGGCCCGAGCACCUGAUUGUUCAGUCCAAGACCAUUAUCGACGUGGACCCUUCCGAUGACCUGCAGCGUGAGAUGGCCUUCUACAAGCUGGCACUGGACGCCAUCCCCCACGCGCGCAAGAUGUGCGCCAAGCACGACAUUCUCUUCUCGCGCCCCAACGACUACUACGCCGAGAUGGUCAAGAGCGACGAGCACAUGGAGCGUAUCCGCACCAAGCUCGUCGAGGAGUCGCAGGGCAUCAAGAAGUCGGAGGAGGCCAAGAAGCAGCGCCAGCUCAAGAAGUUCGGCAAGCAGAUCCAGCACGAAAAGCUCAAGUCGCGCGAGGAGGACAAGAAGUCGUUCGCCGACAAGAUGCAGGGCAUCAAGCGCAAGCGCAAGGACGGCAGGGAGAUUGGCGGCGGCGACGACGACGACUUUGGCGUCGAGGUCGAGGACGCCAUGGACAGCCGCGGCGGUGCCCGUGGUGGCAAGUCCAAGAUGCCCCGUUCGGCCCGCGACCAGAAGUACUCGCUUGGUGGCUCGUCGCGCCGCGCAAAGCAGAACACCCGCGAGAGCACCAACGACUUUGCGGGCUGGGGCAGCGAGAAGGGCGGCAAGAAGGGUGGCAACGCUGGUGCCAAGGGCAAGGGCGGCGCCGCGGCGCGUCCGGGCAAGUCGAAGCGCCACUCGCGCAGGAAGUAG